AGCCCCGGCACCAACGCCCCUCCCCAGAACGCCGAGCCUCGAGCACGGGACGCCGGCAAGUCGGAUUGCGUAUGCUUUCCAGCUUUUGCAAUUCGCAGCCCUCAACUCGUCCCUUGCCCAACCUUCUCGAACUCUUCGGAACUUUCCCCCCUUCUGUUCUCUCUCUUAUUACCUCCCUCUCUCUCUUCCCUCUCCAUCGUAUGUAUCCGUAAUGUGUCCCCUUUCUCUCCUCAAGCGAAACCCCAGAAUAUUCCAGAUUACGUGUCCCUUUUCCCUUUUGGCUUUCCCACCUGCUCCGGUCUUGACAGUUGCUUCUCUCCCUCACUGUCACACAUUUCCCAAAGGCCAUCUGUCGAUAUCCCCCAGUCUGUGUUCACCAUGUGUGCACGCUGCUUUCUGGGGCCCUCAUACCACGUCGUCUCGGCCGUUGCGCUUUGCCGCUCUUGGAUGCCAUCAAACGACCCUCACAGCCCCAGUCUACUUUGCAGUCAGGCAAGUGUCUGAGGGAUCCGAGAUGGAUCGCCACGCUGCCUAUCCCGCCCGUUUUCUUGGUUUUGUGCAGGCUGCCUGCGAGUUGUGCCACUCUGGGGCUGAUUGGUAUGAAACUCCUUUUCCAGGCUUUGAGGAAACCAUAUACUAGGCGCCGAACCCGUUGUUCUUCCUUUCGCUCCUGGUCAACCCGGCAAACGCCAACUCGGCUGGGUGUCAGUCACUUCUCAUAUAUCCUCUCAUCAUCUGUCACAGUCCCUCCGCGUGGGCAACGCCUCUGAAACCCGCCAAACCUACGACAUCCGGCAUGGCCGACGACAACCUCUCCACCAACAGCGGCGAGUUCUGGCUGUACGGCUAUGGGAGUUUGAUAUGGAAACCUCCGCCGCACUUCGAUAGGAGAAUCCCUGGUUGGGUGACGGGAUACGUCCGUCGCUUCUGGCAAGACGUGAGGCUCUUUCGCCUCCCUAGCAAGGUAUCCAUCCCACACCCAAAGGGCCGCCGCAUGCUUGUUCGCUUGCCUUGUCAAGAGGCGUCUAAUCCCAUCAUCAGCCAGGACCACAGAGGCACACCAGAGGCCCCAGGCCGUGUUGUCACUCUCAUCGAGCGUUCGUUCUGGGAGCGGUUGACCGACCACCACGACUCAGCUCCUGACCGCGUAUGGGGCGUCGCCUACCGUAUCAAGGCCGACAAGGUUGCCGAGGUCAAGGAUUACCUCGACAUCCGUGAGAUCAACGGUUACACCAUUCAUUACGCCCCUUUCUUUCCGGCUGACGGCUCCGAGCCCAUCCGUACUCUUGUGUACAUCGGCACUCCGGAUAACGACCAGUUCGUCGGCCCCCAGGACCCCCAGGAGCUGGCUACCCACAUCUGCAAGAGCCGUGGCCCGAGUGGGCUGAAUAUCGACUACCUUCUCGGCCUCGAGAAAGCCCUGGACGAGCUGAGCCCCGAGAGCGGCGACGUCCACAUUACCGACCUCUCUGACCGAGUCCGGACCAUUAUGGCUGCUGAGCUGGAGGGUUCCGGCCAUGUUGUUGAAACGUCCCAACCGCCACCACCAUCUGCUGUUAGCAACAACUUCCAACAAGAACACAGUAUCAGGGAGCAGGAGGAGACAGAAAAGACAGACUGAACAG